UUUUUUUAUACAAAUACUCCGCAAUGAGAUCCUUCUUCUCUACCCUGCAAUCCAUUGUGUAUAAAACUCUCUGAGAGAAAUUCUGUCCUACACUACACUAAUGGCAGAUUUACACUUACACCCUACGCUGUCGCGCCCUAUAGGACAGCACCUACAGCAUACCGACUCACUUAUUUCCUCCGAAACUCACGUCUGGCAGCCGACUGACGUCGCACUCGAAGAUGCACACGAAAAACCUACGUUGCCUCUUGACACAAAGGAGCAACCCAUCGAAAACCUCGAAGACGAUUGGGAACACGAUCCAGUGAAUGCUAGAAAUUGGCCUAGCUCGAAGAAAUGGACCGCUGUGUGCAUUGUCUCUUUCUACACUUUGAUACCACCAUUAGCCUCAAGUAUGAUGGCGCCAGGUCUCCCAGAAAUCGCCGCUACAUAUGGGGUCACGGACACAGUUACGACAGCCUUGAUACUCAGCGUGUUUUUGGUAUCGUUUGCUGUUGGACCUCUGUUCUUAGCUCCGAUGUCUGAGAUGUACGGUCGGACAUGGGUUCUACACAUAGGGAACAUUUUCUCCCUGAUAUUCAACUUGGGCUGUGCCUUUGCACCUAAUACAGGAGCGCUGAUAGCGUUUCGAUUCCUUAGCGGAUUUGCUGGGAGUGCGCCGAUAGCGUGUGGAGGUGGAUCUGUGAGUGACCUGUUCUCGGAAAAGGACCGAGCUUCUGCUAUGUCGUUAUACACCCUGGGCCCGCUGAUGGGACCGGCGGUCGGACCCAUCGCGGGUGGUUUUAUUGCUCAAACCGUCGGUGUUAAGUACGUGUUCAUAACUAUCGCCGGCGCAUCGGGCCUGGCCGGUCUCGUGGGUCUUCCCCUUCUCCGUGAAACGUACGCACCUGUUAUCCGGUUACGACGCGCCAAAAUGUCCCCCGACUCAGAGCGUAUGUCUCAAAUCCAGGCGCCAGUAAUGCAAAUAUCGAAAUGGCGAUAUCUGUGGCUCAACUUGAGUAGGCCGAUCAUUUUACUUACGCGGAGCCUCAUUUGUUUUGUAUUGAGUCUCUACAUGGCGUUUAUGUAUGGAAUCUACUACUUGAUGUUUGCGACCUUUGCAAGCUUCUUCAAGGAAGCAUACGGAUUUGGUCCUGGAAUCGGCGGCCUUGUCUAUCUCGGGCUUGGUGGAGGUUUUAUCUUAGCAACCCUUUUUGGUGCCCGCUUUGCUGAUCAAGUAUAUCACUACCUCGCAGAGAAAAACGGCGGCCAAGGAACACCUGAAAUGCGAAUUCCUGCACUUUUCUUUGGGUCGUUAUUCGUCCCGAUCGGACUACUGUGGUACGGAUGGUCUGCCCAAGAGCAUACGCAUUGGAUAAUGCCUAUCAUUGGUUCGGGGAUAUAUGGAUUCGGGAUGAUGACGACAUAUCUCCCGAUUCAACUGUAUCUUGUGGACUCGUUCUCCUAUGCCGCCAGUGCUCUGGCUGCGGCUGCAGUGUUUCGAUCAUUAUUUGGGUUCGCUUUUCCUCUCUUUGCCAAUCAGAUGUUUGAUGCACUGGGGCUGGGAGGGGGGAACACAUUGCUCGCUGGACUGGCGGUUGUGUUAGGGAUACCGUUUCCGAUAUGGAUAUACUACCGUGGGGAGCAGAUGAGAAUGCGUAGCUCGUUCAGCAAGUGGUAGAGUCUAAAAUUUUGUAAUAUAGAUUAGUUAUUGUAUUUUCAAACUAGUAAGGGACAAUGGAAAUCACUUCAAUUUCACGGCAGAGACCGGC